GUUGUACUCACUAGUUUGAUAUGAAGCCUGUUUAGAAUUUCAGAUAUAUGUAACUAUUUAAUUAACAAUUUAACAUAGAAUUGGGAAAGGUCAUCCGCAAAAUUACGGCAAGUAGUACCUCUGUAAUAACUGGUACAGGCUUAGGAAAGCCUCGCUCGAACUCGGCGGCCGACGGCCGGGAACGGCACAAUUUAGCUGCUGAAUCUAUUGCUUAUUUUGAUUUCUUGAGCUGCUUUGUUAUCCGUCUUGAUUGGGUCAAUUAAUAUACUGUCCUUCCAUGGAGAUGGAUUACUGGAACAAGCUUGUCCUGGCCCCAAUGGUUCGAGUCGGUACGUUGCCGUUUAGGAUGCUAGCUGCUGAAUAUGGGGCUGACAUCACAUACGGGGAAGAGAUUAUUGAUCACAAGCUCCUCAAAUGCGAUCGGAAAAUCAAUGAUGUGCUUGGGACUGUUGAUGUGGUUGAGAAAGGAACAGAGAGUGUUGUUUUUAGAACAUGUCCCGAAGAGAAAAGUAGGGUGGUUUUCCAGAUGGGAACUUCAGAUGCCGUGAGGGCCCUUCGCGCUGCCCAACUUGUGUGUAAGGACGUGGCUGCUGUGGAUAUAAAUAUGGGUUGCCCAAAGUCUUUUUCUAUUAGUGGUGGAAUGGGUGCUGCUUUAUUGUCGAAACCAGAUCUUAUUCAUGAUGUACCACGAAGAAUUGAGAAAACUGGUGUUUCUGCACUAGCUGUCCAUGGAAGGAAAGUGGCUGAUAGGCCAAGAGAUCCAGCUAAGUGGGGUGAGAUUGCUGAUGUUGUAGCUGCACUUUCUAUCCCAGUUAUAGCAAAUGGUGAUGUAUUUGAGUAUGAGGAUUUUGAACGCAUCAGAGUCGUCACAGGUGCUUCGUCUGUAAUGGUUGCCAGAGGUGCACUUUGGAAUGCUUCUAUUUUUUCUCCUAAAGGAAAAUUACCACGGGAAGACGUAAAAAUGGAGUACGUUAGGAAGAGCAUCUUAUGGGAUAACGAUAUCAAAAGCACCAAACACACGUUAAAGGAAAUGAUUAUGCACUAUUCUUGUCUCGAACUUCCUGAGGGAAAGGGUGUCAUUAAGUCAGACACCUUAGCUGAUCUUGCGUACGUUUCUAUCUUGUAAUAAAUUUAUUUUCAGACUUCCAUUACCAGCAUUUUCAAUUUAUUUGAGAAUAAGGAGGUAUAUUGGACAAACACUUCCAAUAUAUUUAUAUCUCUUUGCUUCGAUGAUCUGCUGAUGAUUUAACUGGUAUUUGUUUUUUUUUUUUUUUAAGACGACUUUAUGGUGAAGAUGUCUACUAUGAGCAUGUCAUUAAAAAUCGGUCACUCUUGGGAGGAAGUAGAAACACCAUUUGAAUAUAUUCUCUGGCCAAGAUGGAAGGUUUGUUUACGCUUUUAGCUCUAUUGAUUCUCAGCUUGGCGCUUGCACUGUCUUUACAAAUGUAAUAGAUAAUACAGAUGCUAUUACUGGCCAUGAUCCAAAAAUGCCCCUAAAUAUUUACCUGAAUAUUUAAAUUUCUACAGUUGAAUGCAAGAAAUUUGGCUAUUAAAGUCCUCCAUGAGUUUCAGCACGUUGAUUAUUUUCUCUCGGGUUCACACUGAUUGGUAAACCAAUCUAUAAAAUUAAAUUAUUAUAAAAUUAAAGAAAUAUUUUUAUUCAUGACAUAAUUA